AUGGAGAUAGAAAUGAUUCCGAAUGAGAAAAAGUUAAUUGGCCAAAAAAUGAUCCGGGGUGAUUUGGCGGUUCGGGAUAAUCUACAAUUAGUAAAUAAAGCCAAUCAAAUUAUUAAGUCUUAUCAACAAAAGAUUAAGAAUGAAGAGUGGAAAAAAAGUAAGGAAAAGGAAUUAGGAAAAUUUCCUACCGGUAAAAAAAUAAAAGUUGAUGAUUCUUUCACUAGUGCUGACCAAAUUCGGGCUUAUGAUUUUGGGGACGCUUUUAAUACACGAGAGGCUAUUUGGGGAAUUUACGACCAGAUUGGGCAGGAAGUAACAGUUAUAAAUGCCACCAAAAAUGUUAAUGCUGAAAUUGCCCAGGAUAUUCGGGGCAUUAAGAAUUUAAUGUUAGAAGUAAAUGACGUGCAAAACCAGUUUCGAGAAGUUCAGAACAAAGUUAAUGAAAUUAAUGAUGCAAUGGAGAGAAUGAGAGAAGGCUUUAAUAAUAAUUUGAGAAUUCUACAGAGCAAUAUUGAGCGGGUCGGGGCUCAAGGGGCCAGCAGCGGCGAAAUAGCAGUAAUCAAAAGUCGCCUAGCCACUUUGGAAGACAAAAUCAGUUCUGGUAAUUAUGGCAGUGGUAGUUCCGCCGGCAGUAGUUCUAAUGCUGGAGAAAUAAAAGCAAGGUUAAACUCUCUUUUGGAAGAAUUAAGGGGCAAUCUAUCUAGUUUAAGGAACAUUACACAAAUAAAAACCGCUAUGAAUCAAAAAAUAGAUUUACUAAAAGAAAAAGAAAAUUUAUUAAAAGAGCAAAGACAUUUAGAAAAUGAGAACACCAGAUUAGAAACAAUAAUCAAUUCCCAGGCAAAAAAAGAUAAAAAUGAAUCCAGAAUGAAAGCAAUUGAAGAAAAAUUGGCUUUAAUUACGGCCACUACUAAUAAGGGAGAUCUGGUUAUUGACCCUUGUGUUGGCUCCUUUAUCGUGCUAGAAGUUUGUCAAGAAUUAAAAAGAGAUUAUUUAGGAGUAGAUUUAACUUUUCAGGAAAUGGGGGAAUAUUUGGAGACUAAAAAUUAA